AUGACAGAAUAUUCUCCGCCUUUACGUGACGGUGAGCUCACCACUAAUCAAAGCACUAAAGAUAAUAUAAGAAUAUUGAAUGAAUUAAUUGAUGCAUCAAAAGAUAUUCCAACAAAUACAUCCGGCUUAGGCCACAUUCAGCUUAGCAUUAAUGAAAUUAAAAAGCGAGCUCAGCAAUUGAGGUCCUCUGAUGGCUCAAAAUCUGAUUUAACAAAAGCUCAUUACCUUUUGGCUGGUGGUGGUUUAAGGGUAUCUGAUAUUAACUCAUCAGUAAAGAUUUUACAAUCAUCAAAUAUUCUGGAGCAAACAGUUUUAGAAAAUAACGACGGGGAAUUAGAUACAUAUCUAAAAUUAAAAAAAGAUGAAAAUGUCCUAUCUUCGAUCGAAUAUCUUUUGAUGGAAGCCUCUAACGAUUUUCAUAGUUUCUUAGCAUCCAACAUUAAAUUUAAAUUGAGUAGCCAAAAAUACGAUAUUUAUGAAAACUUUGGUAUAAACGUUAAUGAAAAGGAUAAGAUUAAAGAAGUUAUCCCAACUCUUGAACAACCUAUAUGGGGAUCGUCUGGUAAUAAUAUUUUGCAGAAUAAGGGACAUUCUAAAUUGAAUGUAAAUGAAAACUUCCUAAUUAGAGAAAAAUUCGAAAGAUAUGCUAAGAUUAUACAUCGAUUUAAUAAUGCUAGGCAGGCUAAUGAGCCCUUCUCUUUAGAUGAAGAAAUUAUCUCUAUGAUCACAACUUCUAAUGAUUCUAAGAAUCGACAAAUAUUUGAAAGUUGGAAGAUUAUUAGCACUGUUAAGGGAUCUGAUGACAUUGUACGCAGUGGUAAGAAUUAUUUAGAGAAACAAUUUUUAGAUUAUGUGAAUACCUUAUACUCUAGAAAUUUAUCGGAAGGACUGCCUACUAAUACGAAUAAAAUUAAAUCGUUUAUUGACAUUAAACUAAAAAAUAACAAUACCAACACAUGGAAGUUUCCAAAUAUGACUAUUGUUAACGGUGUUCCAAUUUGGGCACUUAUAUUCUACUUAUUAAGAGCUGGGUUGAAAGAAGAAGCAUUAGAGGUUGCCACAAAUAAUAAAGCUUGUUUCAAAAAAGUAGAAGGCUCAUUCUUGAAAUACAUAAGAGCAUAUGUUUCCUCAGAUAAUCAUAAAUUACCAGACCACUAUGCAUCUCAACUACAUAACGAGUACAACCAAUACAUUAAAUGUUCGUUAGAUGGUGAUCCAUACCGAUUAGCUGUCUAUAAAGUUAUCGGAAGAUGUGAUUUAACCAGAAAAAAUAUCUCUACUAUCACUUUAAAUAUUGAAGAUUGGCUAUGGAUCCAUUUUAUGCUUAUUAAAGAUAACAUAUCCGAUAAUGAGCCUAUAUACGAGAAAUAUUCUCUGGAAGAUUUCCAGAAUAUCAUAUUGUCCUACGGUACCAAGAAUUUGAAUAAUUUUUAUUUUCAAUCAUUACUACUUUCUGGCCUUUAUGAAUCUGCUAUUGAAUAUAUGUAUACAAUAAGUGAAAUUGAUGCAGUGCAUCUGGCUCUUGGAUUAGUCAAUCAUGGAUUAUUAAAAACUCACCAACCCUCAAAUAAGGUUUCUGAUGACAACAUCAUAUCCAAUUCUUCUAAAAGUGUGUUUAGUUUUUCAAAGAUAUUAGGAAACUACAUUCAUUCAUUUAAAUAUUCAGACCCUCGAAUUGCUGCUGAAUACCUUAUUCUACUUGCCCUAGAUGAUACUGCUAAUCCAAUCAGUGUUUGCCAUGAAGCUAUCAUUGAAUUAAUAUUAGAUUCUAGAGAAUUUACUAUUUUGCUGGGUAAAAUAAAUAGAGAUGGUACAAGAAUUCCAGGUAUUUUAGAAGAGAGAAAACCACUGCUCUACUUAAGAGAUAAAGAGAACUUUUUGCAUUCAAUUACAGAACCAGCGGCUAGAAGGGCAGAUGAGGGUGGCAGAAUUCAUGAUAGCUUACUACUCUAUCAAUUAUCUGAAGAAUAUGACAUUGUUGUGGAGUCUGUUAACAAGUUACUAAGUGACAUGCUAAGCAAUACUGGAUUAAACAAACCUUUAGUCACAGAGAAUUCUAACCCCAAUACUAAUCCUAUAUUAUUGGCUCAGAGACUAUUGUCCAUGUAUAGUGACAAUUUGGAAAUCUCAAAAAAGGUUCAUUAUAAAAAUAAAGAGACUUGUAUUCUACUAUUACGUCUAGCUGAUGCAAGAAAAUUAUUUCUUUUUAGACAGUGGCAGAAUUGUUUAAGUCAUGUAGAAGAAAUGGAUUUAUUACCAUUUGGAGAUGCGUUAUCUGCUAGAACAAAAGCUCAAGAAUUUUUAAAUCUAGAUAAUAACAUUAUUAAAAAUAUUCCGGUAUUACUAAUAAUGGUAAUGAAAUGCAUUUCUGCCUUGAUUGAAAAAAUAGAUAACAGCGAUUAUCAAUCAUCUGCGAAAAAACAACAAAUAGUAGCUUUAAAAAACAUUGCAAGAAAUUGCAUUGUUUAUGCGGGUAUUAUUCAAUACAGAAUGCCCAGAGAGGUCUACUCAACAUUAAUAAAAAUCGAGAGUAGUUUAUAA